AUGCAGGUUAUAAGUCGACAAAGAUUACUUUGGAUUUACUUUCUUCUGCUCACCUUUUUACAACUCUGGGGAAGACUUUCUUCUUCUUCUUCCACUUCCUCUCCCACUCUUCCAGCACCUUCCCUGGGCAUCUACUUCAGGUCAGAGGCCUCGGUGGUCUUGACUUGUAAGGUCCCACAGGGCUACAAUGGGGUUCUGUUCAUGUUAUACAGGGUCACAGAUAAGGUUGACUCUCAUGAGCUGCAGUCUGGUGCUGAGGAAGUUCACUUCACUGUCGAGGUGAAAGAAGAUCAUUUCGUAGAACUGUACUGCUGCCUCUACAAGGACAACGACGGUCUCUUCAGUGCAUUUAGUCCAUAUUUGCGGCUGGAACACCAAAAAGAAGCUGUCCCCACUCAGUCUCCACCCCUUUUCCCACCUCCAGUCUUAUCUGUGGUGCCGUCAACUGGUGUGGUAAAAUGUGGGGACAUGUUGUCCUUCACCUGCUCCGUCCCCACUCCUAUACCUCAGUCUCAGUCCCAGUCGGGCGUUACAAACACACCAGUGACCUUCCAUCUGCUGAGGACUGCUGAGCAAACAGGGGCGGCCUCUGUUCUCCUGCAGCCUCAGGCCAGUCUGGUGUCAGGUCCCGAGCGUCCGUCUGGAGUUUUUACUGUGGGGCCCGUGCGAGGAGGAGAUGACGGAGAGUACACCUGCAUGUACCAGAUCACCAACAAAAGGCAGUUGGUUAAUUCAACGGUCAGCAAUGUGAUUCAAGUGACUGUCAAAGACAUGCUUCCACCGCCCACUCUUGUUCUCCACCAGCAGACGGACGUUUGGCAUUUGCUCUGCGUGGGUUCUCCUUCAUACCCGGGUGCCGUGUUCUCCCUCUGCCUGGCAGACAGUGAGCAUCCCAUCGACACUGUCCACGCCAAAAUAAUCCACCAUCAGGCCUCUUUCCCAGUGCCUGUCCAAGACCCUGCAGAGGUUUUGUACCAGUGUCAGUACAGCGUGCUCCUGGGAAAGAAGUGGAGCCGAUCAGAGCCCAGCCAACCUCUCGCUGUAACCAGAGAACGUUCUCCUCCUCCAUCAUCAGGUUUGCCAGGUGUGGACUGGCCUCUCGUUCUUGGGUGUUUCUCUGCUGUGGUGUUAGUCCUCUGCUCUGUGGCACUGGCAGUUAUAGUGACACACAGGAAAGUAAAAGCAGCAGCUGAAAAAAAGAAGAACAGACAGGAUGCACAGUUCUGGACUCAGGUCCACGCUAAGGAUCAUGUCGUUGACCUUACACUCCGGCGUUCAAACUUCAACUCUCAGGAAUGGCCCAGGGGGGAAACUGAGAUGGCCUCCAGAAGUCCACUAUGGAACACACACUCCACCUUCACAACACCAAUCCAUUGAAGACAUGUGUUAUGUUUGUUCUCUCUUUUCCUCCCCCUCCUUCUUUCCCCACAUCCAUUUCUCUCUGUGCAUAUGUGUGUGUGUUUGUUUUAUAGUAGCUCAUCAGGUGACUGUGACACCACUUGGAGUUACACAGCAGGACAGGAAGAGCUAUUUCCCAAGUUCCUGUUUCACAUGUGACAGGAUAUCACAUUUGUUUGAUGUCACUUGUAAAUAAGCAAGUGGGAAAAAAAAAAAUCCAUAUUAUUAUUAUUAUAAUAACAGCAGCAGCAGCACUAGUGACAACACUGUUAUUAAUAAUAGGUUUGUUUGGGGGGGUUUGUGCUGUGUGGAUAACUUACAUUAAGCUUUUAAGUGGCUGACCCAGGAAAAAAACGAUGACAAAGCAUUUCUCACUUCAGGGUCUGUGGAGAAUCUGUGUGCAGCUUAAUGAAAGCUACAAUGCAUGAUAUUCACCAGCAGGUGGGGUCUGACCAGACAUCAGGGUGUUUUAAUGUGAGCUAAAAUUUUAUUUGAAAAGUGAAUUUAUGUUCAA